AUGCCACGAGAUCCUUUAAUAGGUAUAGUGGGAAAACCCUCUAGUGGAAAAUCCACAACCUUAAACAGUUUGACCGAUGCCGAUGCGAAAGUUGGAGCAUUUCCCUUUACCACGAUUGAGCCUAACCGAGCCACUGGAUAUCUCCAGGUAGAUUGUGCUUGCUCUAGAUUUGGAAAGGAAAGCUUGUGCAAACCUAACUAUGGGUGGUGUAAAAAUGGUCGCCGAUUUGUCCCAAUAAUGCUGUUAGAUGUCGCAGGGUUAGUUCCUGGUGCAUCCCAGGGAUUGGGUUUGGGAAAUCAAUUUCUGGAUGAUUUAAGACAGUCUGAUGCCCUCAUCCACGUCGUUGAUGUCAGUGGAACAACUGACUCCAACGGUAAAGCGACCAGGGGCUAUGAUCCGCUACAGGAUAUUGAAUGGCUGCAGGAUGAGAUUCGCCUGUGGAUUGAAGGGAAUCUCCACAAACGGUGGGGUUCUAUAGUUCGGAAACAUACUGCCACUAAGGCAUCGAUAGUAGAUACUAUUCAGCUACAGUUUGGUGGGUAUGGAGCUGGUAGAAAGUUAAUAGAUGAAGCUUUACGCAACAUUAAAGACCUUCCUCCCUUAGAAAAGUGGGAUAAUGAGUGGAUAACUAGAGUGGUCAGAUCAUUCAUGCAGGUUAAAUUUCCUACUGUGUUGGCGUUGAAUAAGAUUGACCACCCUGACGCUGAUAAGAAUGUUUCCAAAAUUAUGCUAAGAUAUCCUGAGACGAAGACGGUUUUAACAUCAGCUAUAACAGAAGUCCUUCUCAGAAAACUAGCAAAACAGAAAUUUAUACAGUACGAAGAAGGAACCGAGUUUGUGGAUACGUAUGAAGAUUUGGGGGAUGACUGUGGUUUGAAACCACUGGAUGAAAAACUAGCGCAAAGAAUAGAAACCAUCAGAGAUCUGGUUCUUUAUAGAUUUGGAUCUACAGGCGUGGUACAAGUUUUGCAAGCAGCUGUGGGAGUAUUGGACCUUAUUCCGGUCUACACGGUCAGAAAUAUAACAACAUUCACAGGAAACUCGGGAACGAAUGUUUUCAGAGAUUGUGUAUUGUUAAAAAGAGGCACUCCUGUUGGAUCAGUAGCCAGAUAUAUAAUGGGCGAAGUUACUAUCGCCGUCAUUGAAGGAGUUGGGGGAAAAAGGAUUAGUGAAGACGACCUGAUUGAUUCCGGAAAAAAUGACAUACUGUCAUUCAAAAUAGUGGCACAGUCUAACUAG